CAUUAAACGGGCAGCACGUACACAGGGCCUCUGCUGAUAGCGAUUUAUUGUAUUUACAUGAGCCUCAAAUCAAUUUUCACCACGUACUGCGUGAUGGCGCCAUUCAGUCAACCAAAUUGACUUAAUUGUGCUGUAAAUAUUUAUAACUGUCUAUCGCAUUGCAGCAUUUUUCUUUACACAUUUUCCCCAAUACAAUUUUUACGACUUUUCCUUAUGCAGAACCUUGACCUGAAUUUGAUUGCCAAGCAAGUUCUAGACUUGGACUUGGACUGGGACUCGGACUCGGACUCGGACUCACUUUCAAAAUACAAAAGAGGCUCACGCACAGUUGGAGAUGUAGCAAACAUGUUCUAAUAUGCAAUGCCCAGCUAACUGGUCAAGAGAUUGUACCAAGUGGAUUGGAAAACCGCAAACAAGCACGCAUGGAAAGUUUAACUAGCCUAUACAAGAAUUUCUGAAGCACUCAGAUGAAUAAGUAGUGAAAUUAAUUUGUCGUCUAACUUGCAAGUUGGCGCCCCAAAUUGUGAGGACUACUCGGUAUGACUCAGUGCGGUCCUAGCACGCCCAGCAUGGCUCUCGAUCCGCUUGAGCUUCAGUACCAACUUCAAGUUGAAGACCAACUCGAAGUCCAACUAUCGCUAUCUAUUUAUGGUGAAGAGGAAAUCAAAAACACACAUACCAACACACAUGUACACACAACUGGGCACAUGCGUGUCUCCCAGCUGCUGCCUCAACUGUGGUUGCUCAUCUGUUGCCUGAUAUGUCUAAUACGCACAGCUGCUGCGCUCAAUGAGGCCUCGGCCACACAGCUGGCGGACGCCGAGGCGCAAGUUGCAGCAGAAUCGGAUUGGGAGGCUAAUGCGCCGCAUAUACGUAAAAAGCGUCUUGUUUGGAUUACGGACGAUGGGCGCUUGGCAUUGCCACCGGGCACCUCGCUCACAUUUACGCCGACAAUUGCCAUGCCACUGGUACGACAUCCGCCUGAAGGCUUCUUCUCCAAUCUGACGAUAAGUUUCCCCGUGACAAUUGACUUCGAUAAGCUCGGACUGACGGACAAUCAGAACCCAUUAGGUGAUUUGCCUUUCUUCGCCAGAUCCUUUGGCCAUGGCGCAGGGCAAAUGGUUGGCGAGUAUGUUUCACGCUAUUUGCAUAUUCAGCGUCGCAAGCGUGAUCUCAGUGAGCAACGUAGUAGCUCCGAUGAGAAACCCUUUAAGGUGCGUGAGGAGCUGCUCAAUUAUCCAGAGCUUCCAGCUGGUCUGAAGCACAUAUUCCAUGGUGGCGAGCGUGUGCUGCUUUAUGGCGUCGUUGAGGAUUUCCUCGCCACCUUUGGUAUGGAUGGCAAGGCGUGUCUGCUGCGCACCAUCUGUGAGAUGCAUUCGCGCAGCUUGGACAAGUUUGGCGUCUUUGGCGAGAUGACAAAGCUCUUUCUCACGGUUACAAAGUCGCCUUUUGCCGAGCUCAUACCGGAGUAUGUGCGUGCACAGCAUGUGGGUGAAGGCAAGCAGGCGCCUGGUGAAUGUUUCCCCUACUACAAGGCCUGUCCCAAGAGCAUCUUCAAGGCGCUGGCCAACAAGUACAGUGCUCAAGCAAAGCCAAUGGCAGCGAAGACGACGACGACUACGACGAGUACGACGACAGCAAGGCCUGCGGGUGAGUACCAGGAGCAGCAGGCCGUACUGCUGCCGAACAAUAAGGAGCAGGAUCAACAGGAACAGGAGCUCAAUCGCAACGUGGUGUACAUGUGAUUGAUUGGCAGGACCUCGUCUAGUUUAAGCGUCAACAAGCAACGUUCUGUUGCUGAAAUGAGUGCACAUUGAAAGUCAUUAACUAUUUAACACAUUAUUAUAAUUGUAACUAUUUAUAUUGUAUUGUAACUAUUUAUUGAAUAGCUUGUAGGUCAUGUUGUUAACUCUUAGCGCAUUAUUUGUUAUAUACCCUGUAAAUAAACAAGUCCCACGCAUCACAUUCGAUUGUGUUGAAACUGCAAAAACAUAUGAAAAUUGAGAGAUGUAGACAUUACAAAAAAUUCCAGCUGGCACAUCUGUUUAGCCAGCAGUAAACA